GUCGCCGAAACGAGCUUCGAAGCCACCGUCGUUAUCGUGCGGCUCUGUUCCAUCAUCGUGCAGCUACUGUUUCAGCUUUGAAAGCACCGUCACACAGCUCGGUUCCAUCGUCGCGGGGCUCGCCUCCUUUUUCCGUCGUGCAGCUCUGUUCCAUCGUCGCUGGCGCUAUCUCUGUUCCUUUUUCCUUCACGUGGAACACACUCAUAAGAGCCUAUGCUAGAACCGCAGACCAAAAACACAAGUCCAUGGAACUUUAUAAAACAAUGUUAAUGAUGGAACGAGAACAACAAAGUGCAGCGGUUAUUCCUAAUAAUUACACAUACCGUUUUGUAUUAAAGGCAUGUGCUUACUUGUUCUCUCUUUCUGAAGGGAAACAGGUGAAUGCUCAUGUAUUGAAACUUGGGUUUGAAUCGGAUACUCAUAUUUGGAACAGUUUGAUUCAUUUUUAUGCAACUUGUGGGUUUCUAGACUUGGCACACAAGGUGUUCGAGAAAAUGUCCGAAAGAAGUGAGGUUUCAUGGAACAUCAUGAUUGACUCUUAUGCAAGUGCUGUCUCAGACGAAGAUGCUCCUAACUAUCACUCAAUUAUCCAGAACCCGAUGGACAUGGUAACCAUGUUACAGCGUGUUGAUAAUGGCUGGUAUAUUACACGUUCUGCAUUCCUCCAGGACAUCGAAUACAAAUAA